CUUCUGCCUUCUCUCGUUGACGAAAUCGCCAUAUCCGAUCCAGACCGUGUCUUCUACUCUAUGACAAAGACCAACAACCCCGCCGACGGAUUCCAAGACAUCGACGCCAAAACCUUUGCCCGGGCCGUCAACAAAUGUGCCUGGUAUAUCGAGAAACACCUCGGUCGAGGUCAAAACUUUCCAACCCUCGCAUUCAUUGGCCCGCAAGAUGUCGUCUAUGGUAUCCUCACGCUCGCUUGUGUCAAGACGGGGUACAAGCUUCUUCUACUCUCGCCGCGAAACACCCUCGAAGCAAGUCUUUUCCUCCUGAAAGAGACUGAUUGCAACACGUUUCUCGUCCCUCCCAAGUUCCCUUUGCCUAUCGUGGGACAACUCAUUCAGGCACGUGGCAUGAAUGUCCUGGAAAUGCCCGCGUUGCAGCAUUGGCUAGAAGACGGACCUGUUGAGUUGUACCCUUACACAAAGACAUUUGAGGAGGCAAGGUCAGAACCGUUUAUCGUCUUGCACACUUCUGGCUCUACCGGCAUGCCCAAACCUCUGGUCCAGACACACGGAACGAUCGCUACAGUGGAUGCCUGCAUGCAAUUGCCAUCCUUGGGCUAUCCCCACACGUAUUUCUCCAAGUGGGCUGGGGCUCGCCUCUACCUGGGCUUUCCCCUCUGCCACUGCGCCGGUAUUUGGAUGAUUCUUCCCCUGUGCAUCUAUUCUGGUUUCAUUGUAGUCCUCGGGCCGUUCCCCCUUUCGGCCGAGACUGCCAAUGCGGUUCACGUCCAUGGCAACGUGCAGCAAUGCGCCCAUGUCCCCUUCAUUCUGAGCGAUCUGGUCAAGAACCCAACGUAUCUAGACAACCUCGGUCGUCUAGAUAUAGUCGGCUUUGGAGGAGGUUCGAUUCCCAAGGCUGUGGGAGACGCCAUUACCAGCAGAACACAGCUAAUCAACUGUCUCGGAAUGACUGAAGGCGGUCCUCUUCCCUCCUAUCUCCUCGACAAAGAAGAUUGGCAAUACGUGAGCUAUAGCCAUGUCAUCGGUUCAGAGUUUCGUCAAAUCUCGGAAGACCUGUACGAGCACUUCGUCGUUCGGGACCCAAAGCUCGACCUGUACCAAUCUUUUUUCCAGACAUUUCCUGAACUGGACGAGUGGCCUAUGAAGGACCUCUAUUCAAAGCACCCGACUAAAGAGGACCUUUGGCUUUAUCGGGGACGCACAGAUGAUGUUAUUGUGUCCUCUAGUGGAGCCAAGUUGAACCCGAUUGAUAUUGAGAGCACCAUUAAUUCCAAUCCUGCUGUCAGUGCGGCACUGGUCAUUGGUGCUGGGUACCCUCGAUCAGGCCUGUUGGUGGAGGCUGUCAAUCCCCCGAAAAACGAAGAGGAACGGAAGAAUUUGGUUGACAUAAUCUGGCCGUCAGUUGAAGCUGCAAACAAGCCGGUUUAUCCGAGCAGCAGGAUUCACCACGACAUGAUCAUCUUUACAUCCGCCGACAAGCCUAUGCUAAGAGCAGGCAAAGGAACUGUCCAGCGCAAGCUCACUGUGGAUGAGUAUUCAUCUGAGAUUGAGGCUCUUUACAAGGCUACG